UUGCGAGGACAGCAUGACUUCCUUGUCGAUGCCGGAGCAGGUACACGGACACUCUCCCCAGGAGACGGUGGCAAUGGCCUCCGACGAGCCACAGUCGCAGCUGACUGGCCUAGGCGAUCCAAAAGCCAGCCGAUCUGAUGCGGCGACCAUGGUGACGACCGGCGGUGCUGGCGACGGGGAGGAGGUGAUGGGGGCGGAGAGCCCCCUCGACUUCGUCCUCGUCGGCACGCCUUGGGGGCUGCUCCUCGCUCCCACACCGCUGGCGAGCAUGAAGCAGGACGAGGAGGAGGUGAGUGCUCCUCCCUGUCCAGAGAAGACACCUGCUGCAGCGAAUGGGGCGAAGCAGUGCGUGCAGUGCGGCGCGACCGAGACGCCACAGUGGAGGAUCCAGCCGACGGGGCAGGGCGCGCUCUGCAACGCCUGCAGGAUCCGGCUCAGGCCGGCCGAGGCGCUGCGGGAGAAGGUGCACGUGCACGCGCACCGCCCAUCGGCGCCGGCGCUAGGGCCGGCGACGUCGACGGCCAUCUCCGAGCCUCCAGCGGACGGCUGGAUCUCGGGGGCCUGGAUGGAUUUCGACGCGCACCUGCUGAAGGUGACGCCUCCCCCUCCCGCCAGGCGGCAGGAGUCUCCGUCCCCGACGACGGAACCAGCGCCGGAGAAGAAGACACGGAAGAGGAAGCCGUCGACGCGGCGGUGCCAGGCUGCCAGCACUGCUGCAAGUCGUCCGCGUCGACACUGACUGCAGUGGGGGACGGGGCCGAUAGGCCCCAGCACGCUGUGCAACGCGUGCGGCGUGCGCUACAGGCAGGUUCGAGUUCGACUCCUGCAGGAAUACCGCCCGGCGGCGAGCCCUAACUUCAAGCAUGUCUGGCUCUGAGCACGCCUGCAAGCGCCGCGAGGCGAUCCAGCUUCGCCAGAGGAAGCACAGGGGAAAAGAGCAGCACCAGGCUCCGGAACCGGGCGCAGGUGAUGGCAUGGAGCAGCGCGCCAGCACCUGCCUCCGCCACCGCCACCGCCGCCAGCGCAGGCUGGUGAUGAGCUGCCGAUGGGCGAGCCGAUCUCGCUGGACAAGCUGCUGCUCGACGCCAUCGACGACGGGUCGCCGGAGACGAACUUCGUGUACAGUGUUAGUGAUGAUGAUGAGUUGAUGACCUGCUGAUGGGGGAUCCAACAAUAAUCUCGCUGGACGAGUUUCAGUUCGACGGGCCGGCGCCGCCGCCGCCGCUUAUCGACGACGACGACUUCGUCGACUAGACCUAGCUAGCUAGCCUCGCGAUAAACUGAGCCAAUUAUGCAAGUCGUUGUGUGAUGGUACGCAGUAUAACAUGAGUGUUUGUCUGAGAAAUUCUGCACUGCAGAUCUCAGGGUUUGAUUUCAUGACC